AUGGAGGAAGAAGAAUACGAACAGAUUUUCCUGGAGGAUUCCCCAGGAGAGCUGUCCCAGGAUCCUACCCAAGAGCUGGCAGGAGCUGAUGGUUCUGAUAUUCCACUGGGUGACAACGUUCAGCCUCACCUUCAAGGAUAUAGGCUAAGAAUGGAAGCCCAGGACAAGUCUCAGGGACAGAUGGUCUUUGUCUCUCCUAUUCUGAGCCAGGACAAUCUGCCCUGGGAUAAGGGAGCAUUCCCAGGCAUGGCUUCUGAUGAGGGUAAGGGGGUGGAUGGCUCUAACCCCAGCACCCUCUGCUUUCUUUUGAUGCUUCCAGGUCUGGAGGAGAAAGAACACAGCCCAAGGAGGCUGAGGCUCCUUCUGGUGGGGAAAACAGGAAGUGGGAAAAGUGCAACAGGAAACAGCAUCCUUGGCCGGAAAGUGUUCGAGUCCAAAGUCAGUGCAAAAACAGUGACCAAGACCUUCCAGAGAGGGAGCCGAGAGUGGGUUGGGAAGGAACUUGAGGUGAUCGACACCCCCGACAUUUUGUCCCCUCAGGUCCAGCCAGAAGCAGCAGCUCAGGAGAUCUGUCAGGCCAUUGCCUUCUCAUCCCCAGGACCUCAUGCGGUGCUCCUGGUGACACAGCUGGGCCGGUUCACAGAAGAGGACCAGCAGGUGGUCAGGCGCCUCCAGGAGGUCUUCGGAGUGGGGGUCCUGGCUUACACAGUCCUGGUGUUCACCCACAAGGAAGACCUGGAUGGUGGCUCCUUGGAAGAGUAUGUGCGCGAGACCCACAACCAGGACCUUGCCUGGCUGGACGUGCUAUGUGAGCGGCGCCAUUGCGGCUUCAACAACAGGGCGGAGCGGGCAGAGCAGGAGGCCCAGCUGCAGGAGCUUAUGGAGAAAAUCGAGGGUAUCCUGUGGGAAAAUGAAGGGGAUUGCUACAGCAACAAGGAUUACAAGUACUCCCAGCAAAACGUCCUGCUCAAAGAAGUGCAGGAAAGACAAAAGGCUCCGGGGCAAGGGUCUGAAGUGCUCAGUGAGGAAUCCUGGCUGGAAGGGCUGUCCCAAGUCCUGAAGGAAUCGGAGAGGACUCACAGAUGCCUCCUAGGGAAGGUGACUCUUUGA